AAUGACACCUCGGCCUAUUUCUCCCAUGAAGGUGUUCUGUUCUUCCCCCUCCUCUUCAAUGCUAUUACAUCUGUUGCAGAAAUCCCUUCGCUGUUCUUCCAGCGUCCUAUCGUGCUUCGUCACCAGAAAGCCGCAUUACAUCAUCCUUUUAUUCAGAGCCUCGCCCAUACUAUCGUUGAUAUUCCGGUCACUUUGAUCGUCCAAUUGGUGUUCACUGUGGUACUCUACUUCCUAGUUGGGUUGCAACAUUCUGCCGCACAGUUUUUCAUUUUUUACCUUUUUAUCUUUUUUAUGUCGCAAACCAUGGAAUCAUUAUUCAGAGCUAUCGCUGCAAGGUUUAAAACUCUUCCUAACGCAAUAGCUCUUAGCGGUAUCUUCGUUCUCUUGAUAUUGCUCUACGAUGGGUACACAAUUCCUUGGCCAACUGCACCGAGAGGCUUGCGGUGGAUCAUGCGGUUGAAC